UUCAGGAAGAUCGAGUUCGACGUAUUCAAUGGAAGCUUCAACAUCAAAUACAAUUCAAUACCAGACAAUUCCAAAUGAAUCCGAGACGGGAGAGUUAUUUGAAUUUGAGGCAUUAUUAGAAAUCCGCGAAAGGGAUGGUCAAAGGAGAAUAGCAAGCAGACCUAAUAAUUUCAGAUCGACCUCGAAUACGACAAGACGUUUAUCUCCUUCCGCGACAAGACGUUUAUCUCCUUCUACCAUUGACAACAACAAUGAUGGUAGUUACAUUGAUACUGAACAACAAGGAUUUUUUAUGCGGCGCGAUCGUGAUAAACUUGUACUGGUCAUGUUGAAGCAGACUGCAGGACCUAGACAUUUGCGGGUCAAAAAUUGCUUUGGAAUGUUGCUGGCACCCGGCAGAAACUUACGUCAAUCAGACAUGCAUUUGCUCGAAAUGAAAAGUGCGGGGCAAGGUCAGCAUAAUCCUCGAGUAUAUGUUAUAGAAGCACGUUGGAACCCGGGCGCCUGGAAUUUUGAGGUGUUAAAUACAGAAACUCCAAGAGGUUGAUGUUACUUUUGAAGGGCUUGACGAAUCACUAAGAUUUAUUAUUGAGUGCAAGGCCAGAAUUU